AUGUUAAUCCAGAAGUCCCUCCUCCUGGCAGCGGCUUCCUUGGUGGCCGCCGAUGGCGCCGCCGUCAGGGACUGGUCCGAAGCGGUGUCCAAGGCCACGGCCGCCGUCGCCAAGCUAUCCCAGCAAGACAAGAUCAACAUCGUCUCGGGCGUCGGCUGGAACAAGGGUCCUUGCGUUGGAAACACUGCGCCUGUGAGCUCCAUCGGGUAUCCGCAGCUCUGCAUCCAGGACGGACCCUUGGGUGUCCGAUACGGCAGCAGUGUCACUGCAUUCACUCCAGGAAUCAUGGCCGCCGCCACCUGGGAUAUCGACUUGAUGAGACAGCGCGGGCAGUACAUGGGGGCCGAGGCCAAGGCUUGUGGCAUCCACAAUCUCCUGGGCCCCGUCGCCGGGCCACUGGGCAAGUCUGCUCAAGGCGGUCGCAACUGGGAGGGCUUCGGGCCCGACCCCUAUCUGACCGGCAUUGCCAUGUCGGAGACGAUUGAAGGCAUGCAGAGCUCUGGAGUCCAGGCCUGCGCGAAGCACUUCAUCAUGAACGAGCAGGAGCUUAACCGAGACACGAUGAGCUCCAAUGUGGAUGACCGCACCAUGCACGAGCUGUACCUUUGGCCGUUUGCCGAUGCCGUCAAGGCCAAGGUCGCGUCGGUCAUGUGCUCAUACAACAAGGUGAACGGCAGCUGGGCUUGCGAAAACUCCCAUAUCCAGCAAGGUUUGCUCAAGGAGGAGCUAGCCUUCCCCGGCUUUGUCAUGAGCGACUGGAAUGCCAUCCACACGACGACCGGGAGUGCUAACAACGGUAUGGACAUGGAUAUGCCCGGCAGUGACUACAACGGCCGCGUCGUGCUCUGGGGACCCCAGCUCAACAACGCCGUCAACAGCAACCAGGUCUCCAAGGCCCGCCUAGAUGAGAUGGCCAGACGCGUGCUAGCGGCCUGGUACCUAGUCGGGCAGGAGUCCGGCUUCCCUAACAUCAACAUCAAGGCCAACGUGCAGGGCAACCACAAGGAGAAUGUGCGCGCGGUGGCCCGCGACGGCAUCGUCUUGCUCAAGAACGAGAACAACAUCCUGCCCCUGAAGAAGCCCAAGAAGAUCGCCGUUGUCGGCUCCGCCGCCGUCAAGAACCCGAAGGGGAUCAACUCGUGCACCGACCGGGGCUGCAACGAGGGCGCCCUCGGCAUGGGAUGGGGCUCCGGCACGGCCGACUAUCCCUACUUCAUCGCUCCUUACGACGCGCUGCAGACCCGUGCUCAGGCCGACGGUACGCAGAUCAGCCUCAGCAACACGGACAGCACGGGGUCGGUGUCCGGCACCGUUUCGGGUGCGGAUGCUGCCAUCGUAGUGAUCACGUCCGAUUCCGGCGAGGGAUACAUCACAGUGGAAGGCCACGCCGGUGAUCGCAACAACCUGGAUCCUUGGCAUAACGGCAACCAGCUCGUGCAGGCGGUCGCCGGCGCCAAUAAGAACACGAUUGUCGUCGUUCACAGUGUUGGCCCGGUGAUUCUGGAGACGAUCCUGUCGACUCCAGGCGUCCAGGCAGUGGUGUGGGCAGGCCUGCCGAGUCAGGAGAGCGGCAACGCUCUGGUGGACGUUCUCUAUGGCCUGGUGUCGCCGUCUGGAAAGUUGCCGUACACCAUCGCGGAGAAGCCGGCCGAUUAUGGCACUGCUCCGGUACGCGGGAAUGACAUGUUCACGGAGGGCUUGUACAUCGACUACCGCCAUUUCGACAAGGCCAAUAUCAAGCCCCGAUACGAAUUUGGUUUCGGCCUUUCCUACACGAACUUCACCUACGCUGACAUCAAGGUCACGUCUAAUGCCAAGGCUGGGCCGGCGACCGGUGACGUCGCCCCGGGCGGCCGAGCCGACUUGUGGGAGACGGUCGCGACCGUGACAUGCACCAUCACCAACAGCGGCGCCGUCGAGGGAGCGGAGGUGCCCCAGCUUUACAUCACGCUGCCUGCCAGCGCGCCGGCCGCCCCGCCCAAGCAACUGCGAGGCUUCACUAAGAUUAAGCUCGCUGCUGGCGCCUCCGAGACGGCCACCUUCAACCUGAGGCGCCGGGAUCUGAGCUACUGGGAUACAGCCAAGCAGAAUUGGAUCGUUCCCAGCGGCUCUUUUGAGGUCAAUGUGGGCGCUAGCAGCCGCGAUCUGAGGUUGAAGAGCACUAUUGAGGCAGCUUGA